CACAUUGAACAAUAAAUUUAAUUGCAAAUAAUGUACAAUAUCCUAAAACAAAUAUUAUCUUAUGAUUUGAAAUUCUAAUCUUCUAAUGAGAAUCAUCUAGAUUGUGAAUAAAAAUGAAACUAUUGUACUUUAUAAUAGAAUAUUUAAUGGAAAUUUUUUUCUAUAAGAUUUAAGAUCUUCAUUACACAAAUUAAAUAAAUUAUAGGUUAGAAGUGUCAUCAUCCGAAGUAAACAUGGAUGCAGAUUUUGAAGAAUUGUCACAUGAUACAGAUAUUAUUACAAGAAUUAAACAAUUUCGCGAUAUAACGUUAAAAAUUGAAGAUACAAUUAAAUAUGCUACAGAUCCUGCAAUAUAUGAAAAACUUUCUAACACAGAUAAAAUUGAAUAUAAUCUAUUAAUGUCUUAUUGUUUAAAUAGUAUGUUUUGGAUGUAUUUACGUGCAGAAGGAAUUGAUCCAGCAAAACAUCGAAUAAAAUUGGAAAAUGAUCGUUUAAAGAAAUCUAUGACACGUGCAAAAGAAAUUAAUGACAAGAAAACUCUAAUGCCUCAUAUAAACAAAGAUGCAGCACAAAGGUUUGUUAGAAAUGGAUUAUGGGAAAUAAAAAAUAAAAAAAAAUAAUACGAAAAUAAUAUAAAUAAUAUAAAUUAUAAAUAAAUUUGUAUUAUGAUUUAAGUAUAAUAGUGCAUUAAAUUUAUAAAAAACAUGUUUUAAAUAUAUAUUUAUGUGUAUGUUAAAUUUAUUAGAAAAUAAACAUUUUUUUUAAUGAA